GUAAGGUCCAUUCUCCAACGAGCUCUGGGCAGGACUUGCCAAUGACGUCGUGGCAAGCCCCGGCGCGGGGGUGAGGUCAUUGGCAAGUAAAGGGGCUUGACCAGACUUCGUGUCGUGCCUGAUCUUCGAUCGAUUGUUAUUUUGUUGCCAUGCGCACGAUGUCGCGACUCAAGUCCUGGUCUUUGUCAAGCCAAGGGGACGGGACUUCUGAAAACACCCAUGCUCGAAGACAUGGCGUAACCUUGCGCGUGGGGCCAGGAGGCAAGAGAGAACCACUGACAAGACACAUCCUGGGCGCUAUCGCAAGGACAGGGCCUUGAGCUGAGGCCUAGAACUGGCGCCAUGCCCAUUAAGAGGUCAUGGUGGCUUGCUGGCGCAUGGGUGCUGCUGCUG